AAGACAAAUCGUCGCUUUGCUCCAGCAGCGAACGAAGGUGGCGGAGGCGGCCAGGGCGCGACCGGGUCGGGCAGACGGAGAGAGCGCGGAGCGGCGGCUCCUCCCCCGCCACACCCGGUGCGGCAGGAAGAGGAACAGCCGCGCCCAGCUCGCGCCAGCCUCGGCCCAGCGCAGCACCAUGGCGGCGGAGGAGGUGGACGGGCUGGCCGUGUCCCGGCCCCACUAUGGCUCUGUCUUGGAUAAUGAGAGAUUAACAGCAGAGGAAAUGGAUGAAAGACGACGCCAGAAUGUAGCCUAUGAAUACCUCUGUCAUCUGGAGGAAGCAAAGAGAUGGAUGGAGGCCUGUUUGAAUGAGGAGCUGCCUGCCACAACAGAGCUGGAAGAAGGAUUGAGAAAUGGAGUCUACCUGGCCAAACUUGGAAACUUUUUCUCCCCUAAGGUGGUUUCUGUGAAAAAAAUCUAUGAUAGGGAACAGACUAGAUAUAAGGCAACUGGUCUCCACUUCCGACACACAGACAAUGUAAUCCAGUGGCUGAAUGCCAUGUCUGAGAUUGGUCUCCCCAAGAUAUUCUACCCAGAAACUACAGAUAUCUAUGAUCGCAAGAACAUGCCACGCUGUAUCUAUUGUAUUCAUGCACUCAGCCUGUACCUUUUCAAACUGGGUCUUGCCCCCCAGAUUCAGGAUUUAUAUGGCAAGGUAGACUUCACAGAGGAGGAAAUCAGUAAUAUGAGACUUGAACUGGAGAAGUAUGGUAUUCAGAUGCCUGCCUUCAGCAAGAUUGGAGGAAUUCUAGCAAAUGAACUUUCUGUGGAUGAAGCAGCAUUACAUGCUGCUGUCAUUGCCAUUAAUGAAGCAAUUGACCAUCAGGUUCCAGCUGACACUCUUAUGGCAAUGAAGAACCCUAAUGCCAUGCUAAUAAAUCUCGAUGAUCAACUGGAAUCCACUUACCAAGACACACUCUACAGAGCAAAGCAAGACAAGAUGGAGAAUGCUAAAAAUAGGAUUGCCUCAGAAAGUUCAGAUAGAGAGAGAGAUGUGUAUGAAGAACUUCUGACUCAAGCUGAGAUUCAGGGAAACAUCAAUAAAGUGAACACACAUGCAGCCUUAUCAAAGAUUGACCUAGCUUUGGAACGAGGAGAUGCAUUAGCACUGUAUGAAGCUUUGGCAACACCAGCCCUGGGACUCCGAGGAUUGCUACGAGAAAAUUGUGACUGGUAUUUCAAGCAGUUUUUGAGUGAUAGGCAACAGAAAAAGGAGGCUGGCCUUACAGGUCCUCUGCAGAAGGAAGAGUUGCAGUUGGGAGUGGAUGCUGCUAACAGGGCAGCACAACAGUACCAGCAAAAACUGGCAGCAGUAGCCAGAAUUAAUUCAGCAAUUCGAAUGGGUGAUGCUGAGAAGACUGUGGCAGAAAUGAUGAAUCCAGAGGCCCAGUUACCAGAGGUCUAUGCAUUUGCUGCAGAUCUUUACCAAAGGGAGCUGGCUACCUUACAGCAGCAGAGCCCUGAAGGUAACCUCACCCAUCCAGAACUGUCUGUUGCUGUUGAGAUGCUGUCAUCUGUGGCCCUGAUUAAUAGGGCUUUGGAUUCAAGGGAUGUGAAUACAGUGUGGAAACAACUGAGCAGUCCUGUCACAGGGCUUACAAACAUUGAGGAUGAGAACUCACAGAGAUACAUCGAUGAUUUGAUGAAGCUGAAGGCUCAAACAAAUGCAAAAGGAAAUGAAUUUAUCACGUGGAAUGAUAUCCAGUCAUGUGUUGAUCAUGUGAACAAAGUUGUGCAUGAAGAACAUGAAAGGAUUUUGGCAAUUGGUCUUAUCAAUGAAGCUCUGGAUGAAGGGGACAGCAAGAAGACUAUUCAAGCCUUACAGAUUCCUGCAGCAAAAUUGGAGGGUGUAGCCCCAAAGGUAGCACAGCAUUAUCAGGAUACGCUACUUCGAGCCAAGCGAGAGAAAGCACAGGACACACAGGAUGAAACAGCUGUACUUUGGCUAGAUGAAAUUCAGGAUGGGAUUCAUAAGGCUAACAAGGACACAGAGGAGUCCGAGAGAUUCUCCUUAGGAAUUCUGGCCAUUAAUGAAGCAGUAGAUCAUGGUGAUGUUAGCCAGACCCUGAGUACCUUGCGUUCACCUGAUGUGGGACUAUAUGGAGUCACUCCAGAAUGUGCUCAGACGUACCAGCGAGAGCUGUCAGAAGUCAAGAGAAGAAAAAUGGCAGCAGGAGACAAUGGCAGUGAAUGGGUGAAACACUGGGUGAGAGGAGGCUAUCAUUAUUAUCAUAACCUGCGGACCAAAAAGGGAGGAUGGGAUGAACCAGCAGAAUUUGUGCAAAAUGACAUACAGCUGUCACGGGAGGAAAUACAGAGCACUAUAUCUGGAGUCACUGCAGCAUACAACCGAGAACAGUUGUGGCUGGCCAAUGAGAACCUGAUUAUGAAACUUCAGGCUUGCUGUCGAGGGUAUCUUGUUCGCCAGGAAUUCAACUCAAGAAUGAAUUUUUUGAAGAAACAAGUCCCAGCAAUCACUUGCAUUCAGUCUCAGUGGCGCGGCUACAAGCAAAGGAAGGCAUAUCAAAGCCGUUUGGGUUACCUGCGAGCACAAAAGGACCAAGUAGUAAAGAUUCAAUCAAUGACCAGGAUGUAUCAAGCCAGAAGACGUUACAGAGAUCGUCUGCAGUAUUUCAGAAACCAUAUAAAUGAUGUUGUAAAAAUCCAGGCCUUCAUCCGAGCGAACAAAGCACGAGAAGACUACAAAACCCUCAUUAAUGCUGAAAACCCACCUAUGACUGUUGUUCGGAAAUUUGUCCAUUUGCUCGAUCAGAGUGACCAAGAUUUUCAGGAGGAGCUUGAGCUAAUGAAACUGCGUGAGGAAGUUGUAACCUUGAUCCGAUCCAAUCAGCAAUUGGAAAAUGACCUCAAUCUCAUGGACAUCAAAAUUGGGCUGCUAGUGAAAAACAAAAUUACAUUGCAGGAUGUUGUUUCUCACAGCAAAAAACUUACCAAGAAGAACAAGGAACAGCUCUCUGACAUGAUGAUGCUGAACAAACAAAGAGGAGGUUUGAAAGCAUUGAGCAAAGAGAAGAGAGAAAAGCUGGAAGCCUAUCAGCAUCUGUUCUACCUACUUCAGACUAAUCCAACCUACUUGGCCAAGCUGAUUUUUCAGAUGCCUCAAAACAAAUCCACAAAGUUCAUGGAUUCUGUCAUCUUCACACUGUAUAACUAUGCAUCCAAUCAAAGAGAGGAAUACCUGUUGUUGCGACUUUUCCAAACAGCACUGCAGGAAGAGAUCAAAUCAAAAGUAGACCAGAUACAUGAAAUUGUGACUGGGAAUCCUACUGUUAUUAAGAUGGUGGUAAGUUUCAACCGUGGUGCUCGCGGUCAGAAUGCCUUGAGGCAGAUCCUGGGACCGGUUGUGAAGGAAAUAAUUGAUGACAAAUCACUUAAUAUCAAAACUGAUCCGGUGGAUAUUUACAAGUCGUGGGUUAACCAGAUGGAGUCUCAAACUGGAGAGGCCAGCAAACUGCCGUACGAUGUUACGUCUGAACAAGCACUAAGUCACGAAGAGGUGAGGACGCGCCUGGAUGCCUCAAUCAGAAAUAUGAGGACAGUGACAGACAAGUUCCUGUCUGCCAUAGUUAGUUCAGUGGACAAAAUCCCUUACGGAAUGCGUUUCAUUGCUAAGGUCCUGAAAGACUCCCUGCACGAGAAGUUUCCUGAUGCUGGCGAGGAUGAGCUUCUGAAGAUUGUUGGCAACUUACUCUAUUAUCGCUACAUGAAUCCAGCCAUUGUCGCACCAGAUGCAUUUGACAUCAUUGACCUUUCAGCUGGAGGUCAGCUGACCACAGAUCAACGUAGAAACCUUGGUUCCAUUGCAAAGAUGUUGCAGCAUGCUGCAUCCAAUAAGAUGUUCAUGGGAGACAAUGCUCAUCUAAGCAUCAUUAAUGAAUACCUGUUGCAGUCAUACCAGAAAUUCAGACGUCUUUUUCAGGCUGCCUGUGAGGUUCCUGAAUUGCAGGAUAAGUUUAAUAUUGAUGAAUAUUCUGACCUGGUGACUCUCACUAAACCGGUUAUUUAUAUUUCUAUUGGUGAAAUCAUCAAUACACACACUUUGCUCUUAGACCAUCAAGAUGCAAUUGCUCCUGAGCACAAUGAUCCGAUUCACGAGCUGCUGGACGAUCUCGGAGAGGUUCCUACAAUUGAGUCCUUAAUAGGGGAAGGGUCUGGCAAUGUUAAUGACCCCAGCAGGGAAAUGCUAGCAAAGACUGAGGUUUCUCUCACACUCACUAACAAAUUUGAUGUUCCUGGUGAUGAGAAUGCAGAGGUGGAUGCAAGGACAAUUCUGUUGAACACAAAACGUUUAAUUGUUGAUGUAAUCCGCUUCCAACCAGGGGAGACGCUGACCGAAAUCUUGGAAACUUCAGCUACCUCAGAGCAAGAAGCGGACCAUCAUAGAGCUAUGCAGAAACGGGCCAUUCGUGAUGCUAAGACUCCUGAUAAGAUGAAAAAAUCUGUCUCUGUAAAGGAAGAUGGCAACUUGAAUCUUCAAGAAAAAAAAGAUAAAAUCAAGGCAGGCCUGAAGAAGUUGACAGAACUGGGGACAGUGAAUGCCAAAAAUAAAUACCAGGAACUAAUCAAUGACAUUGCAAAGGAUAUCAGAAAUCAGCGUAGAUACCGUCAGAGAAGAAAGGCGGAGCUGGUGAAGCUGCAGCAGACAUACAGUGCCUUGAACUCCAAAGCUACAUUUUAUGGGGAACAAGUAGAUUAUUACAAAAGUUACAUAAAAACCUGCUUGGAUAACCUGGCCAGCAAGGGCAAAGUCUCCAAGAAACCUCGUGAGAUGAAAGGCAAAAACAGUAAAAAGAUUUCUCUAAAAUAUACAGCAGCUAGACUUCAUGAGAAGGGAGUGCUUUUAGAGAUUGAGGACCUGCAAGGUAACCAGUUUAAAAAUGUGAUCUUUGAAAUAAGCCCGACAGAAGAAGUAGGAGAUUUUGAGGUAAAAGCAAAAUUCAUGGGGGUACAAAUGGAAACCUUUAUGUUACAUUAUCAGGAUCUUUUGCAGCUGCAGUAUGAAGGUGUUGCUGUCAUGAAGUUGUUCGACAGAGCAAAAGUGAAUGUCAAUCUUCUGAUCUUUCUUCUGAAUAAGAAAUUUUAUGGGAAGUAACCGACUUCUGCUGGCAACUCCUCUGCGAAAGGGGAAACAAAUAGAAACCUGCACGUACAACUUUUAAUGAUGUAGCUAUGUAUCAGUAUAUGCCCACGCUGUGCUAUAAAUAUGUCAAAUGUAUCAUGAAGGAGGACUAAGAACCUCUUGUGAAUUGACAGCCCUGAUUGAGUCUGCAGGGAGUAGAUUUCCUUUUUAUUUAUAAUCUUUAUCUUCGACUUUGAAGAUCCCCUUUAAAGAGGUUGUUCUAGAAUGUAUUUUUACAUGGGGUUAGGGAAUAAACUAAUACUAGAAUUUACUUAGGGCAUUUGUAUGCUUUAUUUGACUAAUUGUGUCAAAUAAAUUCUUAGUGCCAUUUUGGCACUAAGACCAGAAGUGGUCUGUUUGCCUCUUCCUGAAAGCAAAAAAAGGGUUGCAGGUUGUAUUUGGGCUCCAAUUAUUCUCAAGCAGCAAUGGCCAAAAUAAAACAUGCUUGAGGUUCAGGUUACUCAUUUGUUUGUGAGCUGGCAUUGGUAGAGAUGGCAGCGGCCACUUGCCAAGAUAGAACUACUGCGACUGGGGGAAUCAGUAGGUGUCAUAAAUAGUUACUGAACUAGUCCUGAUUAUGUACUACAGCCACAUAGAACAGCUUCAGUGUCUCAUUUUUCUUGAUUUGCUUCUGUUUAUCACACUGUAAUAAUUUACAAGUGGCCGCUUAAGUGGAGGUAUUGUGGAAUGUAUUUACUAGUGCUUACAGAUAAAAAGAAGCUUCUUGGGGAAGGGAAGGAAGCUUAAAAAAUUUCUUGAGACAUGUUAACUUUUAAUGUUGCUUGCAAAGCAUUUGAAAUGUAAAAAUAACUUUUGUUUUCCAGUUUAGAGCAAUGUUCUAUAUAUCUGUGUCUGAUGCAAUAAACAUUAGGCUCUACCUGCAGACUUGUCAAAGGAAGACUAUCUCAAAUAGUUUAGCCUUUAAGAAAGUUAAUUUUUUCCAACUGUACUGAAGUUCCUGUUUCUUUUAUUACUUUGCGGGGGUUUUGUUUGGUUUUUUUUACCAUGGUGGUGGUGCUGGCUGUUCUGCUAUAUCCAAUAAAAAUGCAGAGACUCUUAAAAAAAAAAAACCUGAUCUUUAAAUUCAUCAUUUGCUUCAGCUCUUCCCCCAAUUUCUCAACUUUUGUUUUUAAGGGACAUAUUUCUCAAUUGCAAAUUUAAAGUUAUUCAUAGGUCACUUACGUUACUUGUUCAGAUUAGUAACACUGAACCAGUUGUUUCAGCCUAGAUCUUUUUUUUCUCGUGAAAGACACUCCUAGUGUUUGGAAUGGCUGUAUCACUGAGUAUAACUCUUCUGCAGUCCUCUGGGAAAGAAAUAUUUAUUUCAAUUUGAUGGUGUUUAGACUGUAUUUAAACAUAUUCUAGUGUUGGUGCAUGUGUGGUCCAACCCUGUAACAAAAAUUACUUGCCAUACCCGAGAAAGAUCUUUAUGGUCCAGAUCAUCUGAAACAGAGAUAGGUCAGAAGUGUAUUUCCACUGAAAUCUGACAAAGAGGUUUGAAAUGGGAUAAAGUUCUUGCUUUGUUUUGGGGGGGAAGGGUUUUUUUUGUUUGUUUGUUUGCUUUUGUUUGGUUUUGGUUGCCUCUUUCCUCCAUUUUCCUGCUGGCCGAGCUCUCCUUGCUGCCCUUUCCUGGGCAGGAGCAGCUGGAGGGCAAUUCCUGGAGGCGUUCAGCAUGCAGGGAUGAGAGGCCAGCCCCUGUGUCUGAGGGCUUAUGGCUCUUUCUCCAAGUGGGUGUCCCAUGGGUGCAGAAGUGAGGGCUGGCUGAGGGGAGAGCCCAGGGUCAGUGGGUCAAUUCCAUGGGACUCCAGGGAAUCCCAGCUCCCCUUGGCUUCUCCGGGGGCCUCGCAGAAGGGUUUCUAAGUGCGGCCCUGAGAUUUUCUGGCCUUGGAACUGAUUGCUGUUUCAGGGCAUGGCUCACCGGGCAGUCUGACUUUUAACGCUUGCCGGGGCAGGAGAAUUACGGCGGAAGAAAGCAAAGGAAGCCCAGAGCCAGGACUAGGCAGGCCCGGGCCUCUGGCGAGCCCAGGCCUUGCUGCUCGGUGCCGAUUGUGCCCGGGGCUUGUUCCUCACCGUUCGGUUCCCAAUGAGAGGGGAGCAAGAGGCAGAACAGCUGCUGCUGCUGCUGCUGCUGCUGGGGCUGAACUGUCUGCAGUGCCCGGGGGCCGGGCAGGACUUGGCCCCGAUGCCUGCAUUGCUCUGCAGCGGCCAGGGAGGGGUCCCAAAAGUCAUCCCCCCGCCUGCUGUGCUGCACAGCAGGGGCUGGCUGGGCCGGUUCCCGGCCGGGGGAGCCCGGGGGAGGCCGUGCUGGGGCAGAGGGGCUGCUGCUCUCUGGGCCUCUCGGGGUUUGCCUUGGAAUCCCAAAGCCUGGGCCUGCGCGGGGGGGAGGAGGCAAGGGUGACUCUAAAUUGGUUUCUUGUGGAGUGUUUUGGGGCCGAGUUAAUGCUCUUGGCUUGUUGUGUGUCAAUUCCCAGCCAUGGUCAGGGCUUCGCGGGGAGCGUUGCUGCUGCUGCCGCCGCCGCCGCCGCUGCUGCCGGGAGAGAGAAAUCCUUUGGGAAGCUGGGAUAGAAACAGCAACUGCGUGAAUUGCUCAGCUUUUCCUAGGCAAGGGCAUGUUUUAGGGAACAAAGGCCCGUACUCGCGAAAGGCGCCGCGGGUCUCGCAAGGGGGGGGGGCGCGGCUGCAGUGCCGUUCCCGGCCGUGUCCGCCAGGCGGCGAAUGUGAGGCAGGGCCCGGCGGUCGGGGCGGGCUGGGAAGCGGCGCCCGCGCAGAGCGAGGCGUUGGCCGGGCCGGGCCUGGAGCGCUCGGGGCCGUCGGGCAGGGCAGUGCCCGGCUGGUGGGUGCCUCGCAGAGAGAAGAGCCUGGCCCUGGGAAGGCAGGAGCCUGGGCUCAAGCUGCUCUGGACCGCUGUGGGGAUGGGUUUGAAGUUUGGAUCGCUUGUUUCUGUCCCUACCUUCCCACUGAAAACAAUAACUUAAGAAGUCCUCGUCUGGACUGGUCCAGAGAAAUUGUGGUCUCUCCAUCCCCGGAGAUGCUUAAAACACUUUUGCUCAGGCAAAGUCGUGAGCAACCUAUUCUACCUAAUCCCGCUUUUUGAGCAGGAGAGACUGGACUAGAUGAUCUCCAGAGGUAUUGUCCAACCCCCACCAUUCUGUCCUUCUGUAAAGGGGCUUUGCACUGCCCUUUUGAACUGUAAUCUGUUGAUGACUUGUGUUGAGGUCACGCUGUAGCUUGUUACACUGCAGCUUGUCACACUGAAUGGCAGCCUGAAUAAUUUAAUAUUGAACUGUGAUUAAUCACAAGAUGAAAGCUCAGAUAGGCUGGUAAGAGGCAGUGUUCUUUGCUGCAGCAUUUCCCACCUGAGGUAAUUUUCCUUGUUCUGAAAGUGUCAAGUACAGUUGGGCAAUGUACUACAUAGGAAGAAGGGAAAGAAUCUCCAAAGCAAAUAAAUGAACAAAAAACCCCUUUAUAUUUGCUUGUGCAAGAAGAAGAUUGUUAUUCCACUCAACCAGGUUUUGAGAGGACAAAUUAAUUGUUUCUCUGACAACAGUAUACACUGGAGGCUGUUAAUGAUUCCAUAGUCUGUGCUAAAGGUUUUAGCUGAUUGUGUUUGUCAUCAGCUUUUACUAAAGAAAAAGGAAGCCUUCUCGGCUGUGUGGAUAUUACAGGAACGAAAUGAUUCCAUUCAUGUAGAUAAUGAUAACAGAGCCAAACCAAAAAUAUUGUAAGUGUCCUGUGUGGAACAAUAUACAGAAUUUCAAAAGGGAUUGUAGUGGUCCCAUAUACAGAACUAACAUACUUCCUGUUCCUUAUUUGCUGAUCAGGUCAUGUUUAUCUGCCUGUCAGGACUGUUGGAGCACUGGAUGGAGAGCAGGUCAUAUGAGGAGGAUUACGGAGUAAAAGGCAGCUUGUACUGAAGUGCAGGGAAAGUAUAAAUAUUGAUAUAUAUUGGCACAGCGCCUGGCCUUAAUGCUUAAAAUCCUUUGGAGAGCUGUCUGCAUAUUUACUGUAUUAAUGAUCAAAUGCAAGGCUGUGUUGGGAAAGGUCUUCCAUUUGGAAGUCAGUAGUUGAGACUGUCUUGCCUAUGAAAAAGAGGGAGAAUUUUCGUUAGAGGGUGUAGGAUUCUGGCUGGUAAUAGUCUUAAUUCAAGGUAUUUUUAGAGAAUUGAUUUAAUACAAGCAGAACAAAUGGCCAGAAGUGUAAUGAGAGACAAGUUGAAAUUAGAAAGUAGAUGUGCAUUUUGAAUGUAUUGUCAUAGCAACUGAUUAAAUUCUCCCUCUCUUGCUGUUCUGGGGACCUUUUAAAUGUGCUUUGGCUAAAUAAAAAGUAUUAGACUAUUUCAGAGCCAAAAGGUCA